AUGGCCGCCACCCUCGCCGACGCGGAAGGCGAGGGCCACGACGGCAGGGACAGCUUCAGAAUCAGCGACCUCAUCUGCGACCACGACGACGACGACCUCAUCAGCUUUGUCCUGUGCUGCUGCCCCCUCCCCACCGUCACCACGGCCGCCACCCUCGCCGACGCGGAAGGCGAGGGCCGCGACGGCAGGGACCGCACCAACGACCUCACCGACGACCUCCUCCGCCAGGUCGUCUCCCACCUCCCCAUCAGGGACGCCGUGCGCACCACCACGCUCUCCACACGCUGGCGCCACAUCUGGCACUCCGCGCCGCUCGUCCUCUUCGACCAGCAUAUCUCCGCCGCCACCGAAGCCCAGCACGUCGCCGCCAUCAGCAGCAUCCUCGCCAGCCACACGGGCCCGCGGAUCCGCACCGCCCACCUCACCGGCUUCAACUUCCACGAUCGCAAGCCCGAGCUCGCCCAGUGGGCGCGGAUCCUCGCCGAAAAGGACGUCGAGGACCUCGUCCUCAUCACAAGGCCCCGCGUCGGGUUCGGGAACGCCCUCAUCACCAGCACCUUUGGCUAUCCCGGGCUCGACCUCCCCGCCGACAUCCUCCUCCGCUGCAAAAAACUCCGCCGCCUCUACCUCGGUUAUUGGGCGUUCCCAAAGAUCACCAACCUCCCUGGUGGCGUCGGCGUCUUCCCCGACCUUGAAGAGCUUGCCAUCCUUAACACUUACACGAAGGACAAUGACCUCGACCACAUGCUCGCUUCCUGCCCCGCGCUCAAGAAGCUGGCGCUCGUCCUGAACUACCUCAAGCCAGAGCAUGUCCGCCUCCGCGGCAAAGAGCUCGAGUGCGCGAUCGUCUGCUCAUCCGUUGCGGACGUCGCGCUGGAGGCAAAGUGCCUGAAGCGGCUCAUCAUGUGGGAUAUGUGGGCACCUGAUUUAGCGAUCCGAAUUGCUGGAGAUGUACCUGCGCUGAAGGUGCUUGGAUACUUGGAUGCAGGAUGCCACCAGCUCCAAUUUGGGGGGGUCCAGGUGCAGGCUGGCACGAAUGCAAGCCCAAUGCGCAGGGUCCCGAGUGUCAAAAUCUUAGCAAUAAGGGUGGAUUUCAGUGAAUUCAGGCAAGUUCAGAAGCUGCCCAGUUUCCUCGGAUGCUUUCCCAACAUCGAGAUAUUGCAUGUGGAGUCUUCUGCAAGUUAUGAAUUGAGAAAGAACUACGCCAAGUUCUUCGAGGAGCUCGGUCCCAUUGAAUGUUUGCUAUUCCACAUCACAAAGGUGUUUCUCUACGAUUUCCGAGGUCAUCAAAGUGAUAUGGAAUUCCUCAAAUAUCUGGUCUCGAGAGCAAGUCAGAUGCAAAAGUUGACACUUGUGUUGCCUUUUGAAGAUCUUAAGCAUUCUGUGGAUGAGAAUAAGAUCAAGGUUCUACUUGGUGAACUACUACUGGAACCUGAAUGGGCUACUGAAACUUGUAAGGUUUUGCUUCUGAGGCCUGUAGCAGAGCUUGUUUGCUUCUUCCACAGGGCAUUUGAUCUUUCUAUUGAGGACCCGUUUCUCAAGGAUGAUGGGGAGGAGCUCUUCAGCUCCAUGAAAAGGAGAGAACAAGAUGUUAACUGA